AUGAUGCUGCUCCUGUUAGGACUUUUACCGUUGAUUUCAGCUUUUACCUGCCCACCAAAUACUAUCUAUCAUGCUGAGUUCAACAGAUGCUACAAGUUUUCUCCCGACACACUGCCUUUCUACAUGGCAGAAGAAGCUUGUCAAAGCCUCGGUGGACAUCUAGUUUCCUUCCAGGAAGGCUUGGAAAACGCAAUGGUAGCAGAGACUGCUCAACAGCAACGCAUUGGCUCUCCUUUCUGGAUUGGUUUGAACAAACUCAACGGUGACACUUGGAGCUACACUGACGACAGCCAGGUCAGCUUCACGAACUGGCAAAAUGCUAAUCAGUCGUCAUCUGGUCCGAGUACAUGUGCAGUGUCCACCCUUCCUGAUGGAACGUGGCAGUCUAUAGCCUGUUCUCAGUCUCGCGCCUAUGUUUGCGCCAUCUCUACCAUCGUUCCUGUAGUUACCUGCCCACCGUGUCCGACUAUGUUCCUGUGGGCGAGCUUCGAGAACGCUGAGAAUAUCUGUCAGGGAAACGGUGGCCAUCUGGCUUCCAUCCAUAGUUUGGAGGAAAACAACUUCGUAGCGACACUGGGGAUGUCAGGAAUUACGUACACCAACGAUGAUGACUUGACAUGGAUCGGCUUGAAACAAGUGAAUUAUCCGAAUAGCAAAGACUGGACGUGGACAGAUGGCAGCCCUGUUGAUUACUUGUACUGGGCUCCCACACAACCUGAUGACGCAGGAGGAUCCGAGCACUGUGUUGAGGUGUUCAGCGAUCACACUGGCAAAGACCCUAGCAAAGACGGGAACUAUCUACGGUGGAACGACAUGCCGUGCGCAACUAAUAUGAGAUCAUAUGUUUGCAAAAAGGCUUCGAUACAAUGA